AUGAUCUUGGUGGUGUUCGAGAUACUGGGGGCAGACCUCUCAGCAUCAUGCAGACCGCCCCAGCACAUCUGCGGGCCGGGCAUUGACAUCCGCAAUGACUACCAGCAGCUGCGGCGCCUGGAGAACUGCACUGUGAUCGAGGGCUUCCUGCACAUCCUGCUCAUCUCCAAGGUGGAGGACUACCGCAGCUACCGCUUCCCCAAGCUGACCGUCAUCACCGAGUACUUGCUGCUCUUCCGUGUGGCCGGCCUGGAGAGCCUUGGCGACCUCUUCCCAAACCUCACGGUCAUCCGUGGCUGGAAGCUCUUCUACAAUUAUGCCUUGGUCAUUUUUGAGAUGACUAACCUCAAAGAUAUUGGGCUCUAUAACCUCAGGAACAUUACUCGGGGGGCCAUCAGGAUUGAAAAAAAUGCUGACCUCUGUUACCUCUCCACCGUGGAUUGGUCCCUGAUCCUGGAUGCCGUGUCCAAUAACUACAUCGUGGGCAACAAACCCCAGAAAGAGUGUGGGGACCUGUGUCCAGGGUCGAUGGAAGAGAAGUCGUUGUGUGAGAAGACCUCCAUUAACAAUGAGUACAACUACCGCUGCUGGACCACGGAUCACUGCCAGAAAAUGUGCCCGAGUGUGUGUGGAAAGCGAGCGUGCUCCCAGGCCGGGGAGUGCUGCCAUGAGGAGUGCUUGGGCAGCUGCACUGCCCCCGACAACGCCACCGCCUGCGUGGCCUGCCGCCACUACUACUUCUUAGGGACCUGCGUCACCACCUGCCCUCCCAACACCUACAAGUUUGAGGGCUGGCGCUGCGUGGACCGAGACUUCUGCGCCAACAUUCUCAACGCCGAGAGCACUGAGUUCGAGGGCUUCGUGAUUCACAAUGGCGAGUGCAUGCAGGAGUGCCCUUCGGGGUUCAUCCGCAACGGCACCCUGAGCAUGUUCUGCGUUCCGUGCGAAGGCCCUUGCCCCAAAGUCUGUGAAGAAGAAAAGAAGACCAAGACCAUUGACUCCGUGACGUCUGCGCAGAUGCUCCAAGGUUGCACCAUCUUCAAGGGCAAUCUGCUCAUUAACAUCCGGCGAGGCAAUAACAUCGCCUCAGAGCUGGAGAACUUCAUGGGUCUCAUUGAGAUCGUGACCGGCUAUGUGAAGAUCCGCCACUCCCACGCCUUGGUCUCCCUGUCUUUUCUGAAAAAUCUUCGCCAGAUUUUAGGGGAGGAGCAGCUCGAAGGGAAUUACUCCUUCUAUGUCCUUGACAACCAGAACCUGCAGCAGCUGUGGGACUGGGAACACCGAAACCUGACUAUCAAAGAGGGGAAAAUGUACUUUGCCUUCAAUCCCAAACUGUGCGUUUCCGAAAUCUACCGCAUGGAGGAAGUGACCGGGACUAAGGGACGCCAGAACAAAGGGGACAUAAACACAAGGAACAACGGAGAACGGGCCUCCUGUGAGAGUGAUGUGCUGCAUUUCACCUCCACCAACACGUGGAAGAAUCACAUCAUCAUCACUUGGCACCGGUACCGCCCUCCUGACUACAGGGACCUCAUCAGCUUCACCGUGUACUACAAGGAAGCCCCCUAUAAAAACGUGACCGAGUACGAUGGGCAGGACGCCUGUGGGUCCAACAGCUGGAACAUGGUGGACGUGGACCUCCCUACCAACAAAGAUGUGGAACCAGGCAUUUUACUGCACAGCCUGAAGCCCUGGACUCAGUACGCUGUUUAUGUCAAGGCGGUGACUCUGACCAUGGUGGAGAACGACCACAUCCGCGGGGCCAAGAGUGAAAUCUUGUACAUUCGCACCAAUGCAUCAGUGCCCUCCGUUCCCCUGGAUGUUCACUCAGCAUCAAACUCUUCCUCCCAGUUGAUUGUGAAGUGGAACCCUCCGUCCCUGCCAAACGGCAACCUGAGCUACUACAUUGUGAGGUGGCAGCAGCAGCCGCAGGAUGGCUACCUUUACCAGCACAAUUACUGCUCCAAAGACAAAAUUCCCAUCAGGAAGUAUGCCGAUGGCACCAUUGACAUUGAGGAGGUGACAGAGAACCCCAAGACGGAGGUGUGUGGUGGACAGAAAGGGCCUUGCUGUGCCUGCCCCAAGACUGAGGCCGAGAAGCAGACUGAGAAGGAGGAAGCCGAGUACCGGAAAGUCUUCGAGAAUUUCCUGCAUAAUUCCAUCUUUGUGCCCAGACCCGAAAGGAAGCGGAGGGACGUCAUGCAAGUUGCCAACAUGUCCCUGUCCGGCCGGGCCAGGAACAUCACGGGGGGAGAUGGCUACAAUCUCACAGACCCGGAUGAGCUUGAGACAGAGUUCCCUUUCUAUGAGAGCAGAGUGGACAACAAGGAGAGGACUGUCAUUUCAAACCUGCGGCCUUUCACGCUGUACCGUAUCGACAUCCACAGCUGCAACCACGAGGCCGAGCAACUGGGCUGCAGCGCCUCCAACUUCGUCUUUGCCAGGACCAAGCCCGCAGACGGAGCGGAUGACAUUCCCGGGCCAGUGACCUGGGAGUCCAGGCCUGAAAACUCCAUCUUCCUCAAGUGGCCAGAACCUGAGAAUCCCAAUGGAUUGAUACUAAUGUACGAGAUCAAAUACGGAUCCCUAGUCGAGGAUCAACGGGAGUGCGUUUCCAGACAGGACUACGAGAAGUACGGAGGAGCCAAGCUGAAUAGGCUCAACCCAGGAAACUACACAGCCCGGAUUCAGGCUACUUCUCUUUCUGGCAACGGCUCAUGGACAGAUCCAGUGUUCUUCUAUGUCCCGACCAAAAUAAGACCUUAUGAAAACUUCAUGCAUUUGAUCAUCGCUCUGCCUGUGGCCGUCCUGAUGGUAGCGGGAGGGCUGGUUAUAAUGCUCUAUGUCUGCCACAGGAAGAGAAUUAACAGCAGGCUGGGCAAUGGAGUGCUGUACGCCUCUGUGAACCCGGAGUACUUCAGCGCGGCUGAUGUGUAUGUUCCGGAUGAGUGGGAGGUAGCGCGAGAGAAGAUCACCAUGAGCCGAGAGCUUGGGCAGGGAUCUUUCGGAAUGGUAUACGAAGGAGUUGCCAAGGGAGUGGUUAAAGAUGAGCCUGAAACCAGAGUGGCCAUCAAAACCGUGAACGAGGCUGCGAGCAUGCGAGAAAGGAUCGAGUUUCUCAACGAGGCUUCCGUGAUGAAGGAGUUUAAUUGUCACCAUGUGGUGCGGCUGUUGGGUGUGGUGUCCCAGGGCCAGCCAACGCUGGUCAUCAUGGAACUGAUGACCCGGGGAGAUCUCAAAAGUUAUCUCAGGUCUCUGAGACCAGAAAUGGAGAACAAUCCAGUCUUGGCACCUCCAAGCCUAACCAAGAUGAUCCAAAUGGCAGGUGAGAUUGCAGACGGCAUGGCAUACCUCAACGCCAACAAGUUUGUCCACAGAGACCUUGCUGCCCGGAACUGCAUGGUGGCUGAAGAUUUCACUGUCAAAAUCGGAGAUUUUGGUAUGACGAGAGAUAUCUAUGAGACUGACUACUACCGCAAAGGAGGGAAGGGGCUGCUGCCGGUGCGCUGGAUGUCUCCCGAGUCCCUCAAGGAUGGCGUCUUCACCACUCAUUCUGAUGUUUGGUCCUUCGGCGUGGUCCUCUGGGAGAUCGCCACUCUGGCUGAGCAGCCCUACCAGGGUUUGUCCAAUGAGCAAGUUCUUCGCUUCGUCAUGGAGGGCGGCCUUCUGGACAAGCCGGACAACUGCCCGGACAUGCUGUUCGAGCUGAUGCGCAUGUGCUGGCAGUACAACCCCAAAAUGAGGCCUUCCUUCCUGGAGAUCAUCAGCAGCAUCAAGGAUGAGAUGGAGCCUGGCUUCGAGGAGGUCUCCUUCUUCUAUAGUGAGGAGAACAAGCCCCCUGAGCCGGAAGACCUCGACCUGGAGCCAGAGAAUAUGGAAAGUGUCCCUCUGGACCCCUCUGCCUCCUCGUCCUCCCUGCCGCUGCCCGACCGACACUCAGGACACAAGGCUGAGAACGGCCCAGGCCCCGGGAUGCUGCUGCUCCGCGCCAGCUUCGACGAGCGACAGCCUUACGCGCACAUGAACGGGGGGCGCAAGAAUGAGAGGGCCUUGCCUCUGCCCCAGUCCUCCACCUGCUGAUCCGAAGAUCGCGCCACCGUGCAGACCGUAAUGUGUGUGCACCCUUGGCAGUGGGGAGGAGGUGGGGUGGGGGGGGAACAUAGUCAAAAGCUUCUGUACCUCAGUGGAUCUUCAGAGCCGCCAUUGCUGCCCAUGGGAGACGGCUUCUCUUCAGAAAACACUCUUGGGAUGUCCCUUUUCCAAUAUGCAAGUAGCUCUUCAUUUGCCUAACCAAACCCUCCAACUGACAUGGGCCUUUAAGCACCUGCGCGAGACCACACGUAAUAGCCACAGAGCACUUGAGAACCUAUUUUCUUAUGCGUUCCCUGGUUCCUUUCUCUCUCUCUCUCUCUCUCUCUCUCUCUCUCUCUCUCUCUCUCUCUCUCUCGCUCUCGCUCUCUGUUGCGUUUCUCUUCUCUGCUUCCGAACACAAGCAUGUUUGCCACAAUCUAGCGUUGACACCCUUCUUACCAGAUUGAGAAACAGCCUAUACAGGUGGUUCCCAAGUACCCUGCCCACACCUGCCUGACCCUCUAGGUCUUUAUCAACACUAGGUGGGACUGAAUUUUUUAACUCUUGCAUCUUUAACCUUUUGAGUGAAAUACACAAUUUUUAAAAGGCCAUCACUCAUCUGAGUUUGUUUCUUAACGCUGCCAAAUUUUGCCAAACUCCACGUCUUUCUCCCGCACCCUUUUUCUUAUUUCCCGAGACAUAGAGAGGGCCUUUAUGACUCUGCUUAGAGGAAUCCUGGGGAUGCUCUCCACCUGACCACUCCCUGGUGUGCCCUUAGCCUCACGUGCACAGUGAGCUACUUGUGCUUAGCUAGCUCGGGGGUGGAGGACCUGGAACAAUGGGGGAGCUGUGCUGGCUGCUUUGGGCCACCUCCCCACUGCCCAGCUCCCUCUAGCCCCCAGGAACAAUGGAGAGCAGGAGCCCUGUCGAGCCUGAGACACAGGCUGGGAGCAAAGGUCGUCCUCUUGGCAGUCUCCCAGUCCCAUCCUCUCCCGACCCCAAGGACCCGGAUGGGCUAGGGUUUCCAGGGGCUCAGCCCAGCCAUUGAUGCAGGUGUGCAAGGGAAGAUUCAAACGCCCCCACCACAACAUGAAGCAAAGCAGUAAAUGGAUUCAAGCAUUCUAAGCUUUGUUGAUAUUUUCUCUGUUACUAGGACUUCUUCAUGGUUCUUACAGUUCUAUGUUAGACCAUGAAACAUUUGCAUACGCAUUGUCUUUAAUGUCACUUUUAUAACUUUUUUACGGUUCAGAUAUUCAUCUAUACGUCUGUACAGGAAAAAAAAAGCUGCUAUUUUUUUCGUUCUCUAUCUUUGUGGAAUUAAUCUGUAAUAACUUUCAGGUCUGCCCUCUGCCCUUUCUGCUCACUCCAAGAAACUUCUGUGCUGUGUACUGGAGUUUGUGACUCCCUCCCUCUUUCCCCAGCAAUUGAUAGUCACAUAACAUCGUUUCCCAUGAACUGUUGAUGCCUGUCAUACACACACCCGCCCUGCCCUUCACCCCCCCAUUCGUUGUUUUCUAACGUAUAGGCUCUGUGGGCACAGGUUGGUAAGGAAACAGGCUUGGAGGAAGACCGGAACCCAUCCCUCCUGGGGGGGCCGUGGCCCCCUCUUUCCUUAGCCGGCUCUCACACAGCAUUCGACUCUGUUACCGUACAAGACAUGACACAAACUCAGGUCAGAAAGAAAGGUUCAGUGUUUGCACACCCUUGUUCAGUGUUUCUAGCCCCCGCUGUUGAAGCCUCACCUCCCCCCCACCCCCCCACACACACACCUCCACUUCUCCUCCAGCCUUGGUUUUGGUUGUGACACACAUAUAUAUAUUUUUUUAAUUCUUGGGUACAACAGCAGUUUUCACUGCAGACAGUAGGCAUUUAGGCUACUAUUUUUUUAAGUGGAUAUUUGCCCUUCCAUCCCAUGAGAAACAGCUGCUGAGCCCAAGGGUGUAGCUGACGGGGGUCCCGCAGGCCCCUCUGUGUGGCUUUCAGCACUAGCGUUCCCACACCAACCAACCUGCCUUCAGAGGUGGAGGCUCCCACAGGCCUUCAAAACGUGUGCUCCCAGCGGCCCCAGGGCAGGAGCGUCAGUGUUGUUGCCUCUCUGCCACCAUGUCAGGCAGGCCUGUCCCCUGCCCUCUGGGCCGGGAGCCACACUCCCAAAGUCGGGGGGACAGGGGGCUCGCUUUGUCUGGUGCACUCCUCACCAGAGGGAGGGAGGGCGGCAGGGCGGCAUGAGAGUUGCUCCUGGGAUGGAAAUAUUUAAUGACGAGUGAGAACAAAGGUAAAAUAGCAUUGCUAGGUGUGACUGGAGAGUCCACAAAAGAGACUUGCUGAGGUUUUUUGCUUGUCAGUCGUUCCAGUCCUCUUAUUUUGUCUGGCCACUGUCCCAUGGAUUUUCCUCUCAAAAAGGAAAUAAGGAGACAGAAGCAAGUUCAUUCGGAAGGUGUUACGCGUAGUUCCAUUUUAUCCUGUGAUCGAGUUUCGGUCACCAUGGAGAAGCCCCAUUAUGAGUUUAGUUGCUGAAGAAAGAGUCUUUGCAUGUGUGUUUCUGAUGGGACAGUUUUGGUUUUUUUCCCCCCAAACAUUUAUCUACCUCACUCUUAUUUUUUUAAUGCAUAUAUAGUAAAAAAAAAAAAUACAUCUCACAUUUCUCAGCAGCUGACAAUAUGCCAACGAUCCUGGUAACCUCAUCCACACCACAGGCCCCACACACCGGGGCGAGGGGAGAAGCCCGGCUGUGUGCUGGGGUCAGCACCACCGGCUCUUCCCCGCGCAUUACCAAACAGCUUGCCUCCUCCUGAGAUGUCCUGGUUUGGUUGCUUUUGUACUUUCCCCCAACUUCGAGGUGGCAGCGAAGUGAAGUGUUCAGGUUUUCCUUCCCCACCCGGAAGCCCGGGGAGCCCAGGGCCCUCUGCAGUCAGACCCACAAGACCACCAGAGUGCAAAACAGGGAGACCAGCAGGCUGCCCCAGGCCGCUUCUCUUUAAAACAACGUGCUCCGUGUAGACUGGAUGAGGAACAGGCUUCCUCUUAGAAAGAGCUGUUGUGGUUUGGGGUUUGUAGGUCAAGAGGGAUGCCAGUCAGGUGUGGCAGUGUGUUAGAUCCCAUGUGCAAGUGGGCAGUGGUUGGAGUCCCGUCCUGCCCACUCCUCAGAUGUCCAUGCAGUCCUGGCCCGGGCCCGGCAUGCUGCUAUAUUUGUUCAACUCAAAGGUGCAGCCUGGUUGUGAUGUGAGAGCCUGACCCUCCCACCCUUACCGUAGAGAACACGGCUUCCUGGCAUAACAGCCCACCCAGUAGAGCAUAUACGGAGAGACAAGGCCCCCCCUCCCUUUCCAGACUCUUCCCAGCUUCCCUCUCCUCCUCCUCCCCGAGAGGAGACUCAAGACCUAGGGAGCCUUCUUGGUGGACGGGCUGGUGACGGCACCCAAGUGUGGAGCCUCCCGCCACGCACUGUGCCACCGCUGCCAGGUGUGGAAGCUGCUGCCCUGCGAGCAGCGGCUCUUCAAGGCCCUGGGACUGGGUUUGGAGAGCAUGGUGGGUGCUUCUCCCACACCUGGAUAUCUUUAAAGUCACAGUCCCCCGGUUAAGCUCAGGAGCGUUUUCCCUCCUGCAAGAACACUACCCUCUGUUCCCGAGUCCUCUGGGAUGUUAAAGAUCAUGGAAAAUAGUGAUCAGGGUUUCUCCCACGAUGUUGCUGACCCCUUAGAGUAGUGACCUCCCCACUCUUUUGCACAUACUUACCCGUUCCACAACUGGAUUUCUACAGAUCACUCAGCUGGCUACAAGGGUUCUGUUUAAACUGUCCGAGUGUUGGUGUCCUUCCGUUUUUGUUGUAGCGGGCGGUUUUUCUCUUAAGUAGGAAGAAAACACUAAUAGUGCAGUGCCUAUCGUAACAAGUGCUGCGGGAACCUGAAACAAAAGGCAAGUAGCUCCCGUGAGGGUGCAGUCUUUGUACUGGACAAAUCACCCACCUGGCUGCACCCGGGCAUCAACCAGUCACAGUUCUGGCCGCUUCCGUGCUGAUCGUCCCACUUCUCCGGGAUCCCCUCUUUGGGGUGCUCCAAAUCGUUUCCUAGAUCUUGAGUCGCGGCAUUUUCCGUGCACCCUCCUCCUGCCGGCAGACCAAACUGCUUAAAACAAGAUGAACCACUGAGGCCCAUCAUUGGAUUGCCGUGAGCAGGAAAACUCAUCCCCUUCGGCUCUGCCCUGAGGCAGCAGAAGCUGGUUUAUUCUGGAGACUUUGAACUCCAACUGGGUGAGACCUAGGCCAGCCGGGUCUCCCUGCGUGAGAGCAGGAUGCUGAUGUUUGACAUGCAGCUGGAAUGAGCUUCCUCCUCGGAAGAUAGGAGACCAUGUGCGUCAUAACACUGGCCUCUCUUCCGGCUGAGGAUGACUCCGAAACAUCAAUGAUAGGAAAAGUGGCUUGAGCAAAAUAGCCAAGUCGUUACAGUGGAAUUCCCAAAUGGCAGGACGCUUGGUAUGAAGGGGCAUGUAUCGGUUGAGAUGGCAAACGUUUAAGCCAAGUAUGCUGCCAAAUUGUGGGUCACUUUGUUCCACUGAAGCCUCACUGUCAGCAGCCCAUCUUUGUGGGUCGUAGGUGGUCCUACACACACCACGCGGGCUGCGGGGGGGCAAGGUCACACUGGGCUCAGACCAGUGAGCGGGCCAGAAUGCCCAGUCCAAUGUCCUUAGCUGUCACUGUGGGGUCCUCCUGGGGCGGCCAGAUGAUACUGAAGGCAACGCCUUUCCAAAAUAAUGACCCCCUCCAGUUGACAGUAAUAAGCCAUGACAUGCCUUGGCCCAUUCUAGCAUUGCAUUUCAGGUUUGAGAUUUGUUCUUUUUUACCAUUACUUGUGUUUUAGCUAUUUUUCAUUUCCUGAGCUAAGCAACAUUGGCAGCUAUAGACCAGUGAUUCUUAAGCACCAGGAAUGAAAGUUGAAUUUUCUUACUCUACUCUGGAAAGUCAUUGGAGGUACAAAUGAGAGGCCAUGCUGUUGACCUUGAACAUCUGAUGAGAGAGAUGCUGAAGAGAGCUUGGACAGACGAGCGUGUUGUCCGGUGGCCUCCAGGUCGAUGACGAGUCGGUCGUUUGGAGAGAAGGCCGACACGUGUUCUCCGAGGGUGACGUGAUGAUGUCGAGGGACCGUGCGCGACAGAAAGAGAACGGCCAGGAGGGAGGCGUGCAGGGCCCGGGAGGCGUAGGGGGCUGUUUUGAACUUGGUGGUUUCUGAAGGUGUCAGACCACGUUGCCGCUGAACUCACCAGUGAGCAUUUGGUUUCGACCAAAAAGUCCAACAGCCUACUUUGGGAACGUAUUGAGGCGUUGAGUCAACCUCUUUAAGAAUACGAACAUUGUGCUUUUCAGUUCUCAUUUCUGGGGUAUGACUUCAGAGUUUGGUUUGGUUUGGUUUGAUUUUUUAUAAGAGUAUAAUAAUCACUUGUGUGUAUGCCUACAUUUAUGUGUCUUUUUGCAUCUUUUUGGUAAACAUCAUUUUAAAUUAGUCAGUCAUUCAUUAGCAUUUUCAAUAGGGCUCAUAAGUCCAGUAGAUACGGGUAGUCAGUUGACGAAGAUCUGGUUUACAAGAACUAAUUCAAUGUUUCAUUGCAUUUUUGUAAGAACACAGAAUAAUUUUAUAAACCGUUUGUAGUUUAUAAUUGCCGGAAAUAAUUUAAAGACACUUUUUUCUGUGUGCAAAUGUGUGUUUAUGAUAUAUUUUCUCCUUUUUUUUUUUUUAGACACUUGUUUAAUAGCUAGCUUUACGAUAUGCCAAAACAAACGAAAACAAACAAAAGGAUUUUUCCCUGACCCAAGCGGUGGUCCACCCCUCCCUGCCCCAUGCUUUGGGCCCUAGUUUAUAACAAAGGGAUGGUGAUUUAAGAAGUAGUUCUGUAUCUGCAGUAUCUUGAUCUUUCAGGACCUUCUGGUUGGGAGCGGGAGUAUCUUUUCCUGGUCAUUUCCCUUUGGGGUGUCGCUGCUUUAGAGCCUCCUUGACCACGGAAACUAGCGGUGUGGCUUCCCUCUGGGCUGGUGUGGUGGUUGUGUUAGUACGGUCGGUCGACCAAGAAGGUUUUCACAGUGGUCACAGCAUUCAGACGCGCCUCUCUGAAGACAAGUCUGGUGUGCACAGGCCAUCUGCUUAGGCGCUUCGUAUCAUAAAAUGCUUUAUUAUAACCAAGAAUAGACCUUUUUAGUUUGUUUGUUUUUAAGUCAAUACCAAUGAUUUUCCAAUAUAAAACAAGUACUUUUUACUAUAAACUACACACGGAUUUUUUUUUUCCCCUCUAAAAUUGACUCGUUUCCACAAUCUCCCAUCAGUCUAUUGGCCAUGUCUACAUAACUCCAUGAAAUUCUUACCACUGGAAACUGGGUGCACUAAGCAAAAGUGAGGUCCAGAAACAAUUGUUUUGUUUUCACCUCUUCAUUCAGCUGUUUGGCAUCGCGCAGACACCUCCCCAGGUGGAUAGCUGCCUGGUGGAAACACCUGUGUGCUUUGAAACAGAGGUUGAGGUGAGAAUGGCCAGGGUUUGUCUACCUCUGGGACAAAAGUCAAACCAGAUGGCAUGAUGGGAUGGAUGUUUCCAAAACCACGUUUUCUGAGUUUCCUUGUUUUAAAAAUGUUUUUUAAAAAAGAAAACUUUUUUAAAAAGGUUAUUAAAAAAACAUGGCCAAUUUAUUACAUGAAAUGAUUUUCUGUGUAUGAAUUAUUCCUAAAAAAAUUUCUGUGUUUAUAUAAAAAAAAAUCCGUAGAUGAAAAAAUUUUUCAAAAUGUUUUUGUAUAUUCCGUUGUAAGAAACUGUUCCUGUUAUUGCGAUAUACUCUGGAUUCUUUACAUUAUUAAAAAUUUUUAAAAAAACUUUGUCUAUUUUGAAUGGCUGAAGCUAAGGCAACUUUAGUUUCUCUUACUCUGCUUUUUUCUAGUAGUUGAAGUACUACACGAUUUAAGUUAAAAUAAAGGAAUUCUGUAUGUA